CACCCGAUCACGGAAGCAUGGCAACCUAAGACCACCUCAUUCACUCGGCUCCUUCCGAAUCGCAAAAACAUACUUCAAUACCGCACACGAAUCGCAGCAUUCAGGAAAGGAUGAGGCUCAUGUGGUAUACGGGGGCCUCGGCCGCCCUUGCGACAGGCGUGGUCGCCUAUGCCUUCAACCAGCGAGCCAACUUUUACUCUGCCAUGGUUUACUUGUCGCAGAACAACCUCAGUCUCAUGGUGCUCAUCAAUCUGAUCCUCUUGGUCUACGGAUCAUUCGUAUGGGGACUACAACGCCUCUGCUACGGCCGCCUCCGGCCUAUCGAGAUCGAGCAACUGUACGAAAAGGCCUGGUUCGCCGUCACCGAGACAUGCCUGGCGAUGACGAUCUUCCGUGAAGAAAUCGGCGCGUGGUUCCUUGUCAUGUUCACAUCUCUCGUGACUGGCAAGGUAUGGGAGUGGAUAGGCGAGGGACGAGUCGAAGUUCUUGAGCAACAACCGCCGACCAACCCGCGGCUCUUCCACAUCCGCCUCUGUACCUCGCUCGCGAUCAGCAUAGUCUACGACCUCUGGCUGCUUCGUUACACUGUCAACUCAGUCAUCCAGCAGGCGAAGCCGACAAUGAUGGUCAUGUUUCUCUUCGAAUUCGCCAUCCUCACCACUUGUACCUGCCGUACAGGAUCCCGCUACAUAUUGUCGCUGGUCGAAGCGUCCAUCGUCAAGAAGCAGACAAAGGAAAGGCUAGAGGCUCGACGCUGCGAAGUGAAAGAGCAGCGGAUCGAUAUCCUUCGGCGCCGAGAAUCCGAUGAUCCAACGGUCGCCGAAGCUGCUGCUCAAGAGGAACUCCUCAACGAGGACGACAUCGAUGAGAUGGACAUUGAGGUUCCCGGCUGGGAGAACAAGGGCCAAUGGGUUCUCGCCCUUGACCUCUUCGCUGAUUUCGUCAAGCUUGGCGUGUACUCUGCUUUCUUCGCCAUUCUUAUGAUGUUCUACGGCCUCCCCAUACAUAUCAUGCGGGAUCUCUUUAUGACGGCCCGCUCCUUCAUAAAGCGCCUUGGUGCAUUGAUCAAAUACCGCAAGGCCUUGCAGGAUAUGAACAAGUAUCCAGAUGCGACGGCGGAGGAUCUCCAGAGAGAAGACACCUGCAUCAUCUGCCGUGAGGAGAUGCAUCCCUGGGAUCCUGCGGGUGGUGCUGUCGAAAGAUCUCGACCGAAGAAGUUGCCUUGCGGCCACAUUUUGCAUCUUGGCUGUCUCAAGGGCUGGCUCGAGAGACAACAAGUAUGCCCAACAUGCCGACGAUCGGUUGUCAUAGACGGCCAGCCCCCCAAUGGACGAGCUGUGGCGGCACCAAACAACAAUAAUGGCCCUGCUGCUAACAAUGCGGGUGCAAAUGCCCCGCAAGCUGCCAGGCCUGCCGGCAGGGACAACAUGCGGGUGUUCCAGUUUGGACCUCUGCGGCUUGGCUUUGCGCAAGGCAAUCCUCGCGACCUAAACAUUCAGGACAUGGCACAGCGUAUGGCGAUGCCACAGAACGCCGCCAACGCCCCCCCAACACCGGCUGCCGGUGCGGUUCCGGUCCAAACGCCAGCCAUCACAAUUCCAGGACACGAGUCUGCGCAAAGCCUGGCCGGUAGUCUCACCGAUGUGCAAGCACAGCUCAACACUAUAUCGCAACGCUUGCAGCAAGAAGUGCAGUCUCUGCAACACACGCAAGCAGAAUUGCAAACGUUGUAUGCCUUGACGUCAGAACUUGCGCGCCUCCAGGAAGUCCGGAGGAUCUCCCAACAACCGGGCACAUCAUCGCAAGCAGGCAUUGCCAUCACGAAUCCUGCGGCCUUCCAAAUGUCGCAGCAAUUGCCCCUCCCAAACGCCUUCCCUCCGACAUUUGCCAGUGCUCCGCCACACCUGGGCAUGUCUAGCAUUGUAUCACGACAUGGUGGAGCUUCAUAUUCGGCUGCAAUUCCUGCUGGUAGCCCGGAGUUACCGGAAGGUGUCGUCAUUCCGGCUGGUUGGUCACUGCUCCCAUUACAGCGUCUUGAUGGGCAGGCGGCCGCGGGCUCGUCGCAGGAUGCACAGCACGGAGUCGGUCCAGUCGACACCCCAACGACCAUGAACUCAUCUGCAAUCUUCCCGUCACAUCUCCAGCAGCGUCUAGUAGCUGAAGGUGCUGGAAUGCCGAGGAGCAGAGACGCGUCCCCGACUCCGGGCCACUCAGGUGUGUCUCGACAGGCAGAGCCGCCUGUGGUAGCAGCGCCAACGCCGCUGGUGCCAAACUGGGGCGGUGCGGCGCAGCUUUUUGCAAAUAACGGUGGUCGGUUUGCCCAACCACCUUCCCGAUCACCCUCGCGGUCUGCCUCGGAGCGAGUCCCGGAGAGUCACAUUGCACCUGCUCCUGUCUCGCAUCCUGUGCCACCUGUACCCGCUACUGCCCCGGCGCCGCAAAGCGAGAGCGAGAGUGAGGAAGACUCGGAUGAGGAGAGGGACCAAGCAGGAAGCGGCCGCGAAUCCACAAAAGGAGCUGCCAAACCUGUGACGGUCGAGGAUGCCGAAGACGAUAGUGACGACGAAUGAGAAGCAGCCAAGGACAUCAUGGGUAUUCUGUCGUAUAUGGAUUGUAGUAUGGUUAAGCAAAUAGCAUUCAGCAAUAAAGGGCGGUUCCACUGUUCUCACGACGAUUCACCUAUAAAUAAUCAGGAGCAUGUAUGGUGAAAUGCUCAGAAGGGAUCCCUUCAUUGCGUGAAGUGGGUGAGCAUCACAGAGAGCCAGGCAGCCGAAGCCACGCUUAUGUCAGCAGCCGACAGCCCAUCGCCGCGAUCAUGGUGCUUGAUGCCGU